AUGGAAAGGAAUCCCUUUCCUGUGAAUCAGAAACCCAAAAGGAAACUGAUCAAAAUUCUUGUCAUUCGUCUUGACGACUGUGUCCAACAAUACAUUGAUAAUUUUGAGGGUGAAAAUGUCAAUGGAGAACAGUUGCUUCACAUAACAAAUCAAGAACUUGAGGAUCUGGGAGUGAUCAUUCCUGAUCACCAAGAAAUCAUUUUAGAAGCAGUUGAUUUACUGAGUAUAUUGAACCAUGAGUUGGAAACUGAAAAUCUGAAAUCUCUAGCUCAUAAACUGAACGUGGCCGCCAAAAGCCUACAGGGCUUCCUAGCUAGACGAAGGAGGAGUGGCCUCUCUGGACUUAGAACAACCAGACAACUACCGAAUAACUGUCUCACUGCUGUAGUUGACCUGAUCGGUGUUGCCAAGAAAUUACUGGCCUGGCUCGACAGGCUUCCAUUUGUCACUGUGACAGAAUACGGAGUCCUGAAAAACAAAAUCGUACAACUCUGCCUGCAGUUAACGACUAUUGUGCAACAGGACCCUAAAGCAAAAACCAUGGAUUUGUGGAAUAAAGACCUGACAGAACAAGCAAAUGCUGACUCUUCAAAGGGUGAAGAAGAAGUCAAGAUUUGGCAUGUGGUAAGUGAUUUAGCCUAAUGUUUGAU